AUGGAUUUGAUCUUUGAACCUCAGAGAGGCACGCAGUUCACCAUUGAAAUUGGAUACUUCGACACAGUGCAAGAGAUCAAAGAAAAAGUUCAGAAAUAUCAAGGCAUUCCCGCCGCUACUCAAACCCUAAUCUUCAACGGCAACGUCCUCCAAGAUGAUCUCAACGUCCACUCCUCCGAAAUCCUCGACCGCUCCCACGUCCAGCUCGUCGUCGCCGCCUCCGAUUCAGAUACCGACAAGCAGCAAGUUGCCGCCGCCGCCGCUGCGAACAAACCGGGAGUUUCGCUGGAAGUUGAGGUCACCGAUACCAUCAGGAAGAUGAAAGAGAGGAUCGAAGAAGCGGACGGCAUUCCGGUGAGUAGAAUAACGGUUUACGCUAACGGAACCGAGUUGUUAGACGACCGGACGGUGCACGACUACGAACUCUCCGAUCACUCAGAAGUGGACGUGAGCUUUAAGCCAUUGCCGCCGGCGACGGCGGCGGCGACUACAACGACCUCGUCCGGAUCCUCCGGAAACACGAACAGUUCUAAGAAGCUUCGUAUAAUGGUGGUGUCGCAAUACGGGACGAAGAAGUUUCCGGUGGAGGUGAAUCCGUCGGAAAACGUAAGGGAGUUGAGGAAAGAGCUUGAGAGAUUGAAGGAUCAAUGGCAGCUGGAGCUCCCGGAAGAUGGCUACUUCUUUAUAUACAAGCAGAACGUGAUGGACGACGAUCGGUCUUUUAGAUGGCACAAUGUUGGUCAAGGUGACACCAUUGACAUCUUUAAUGGUAGCGUCACUGGUGGAGGUUGA